AUGACGUUCCCGCCGCCAGAUCCUGCACGCAUCAAGCACCAGCUGCCGUCGAGGCCGUCCUUUGUGCCCAUGCAUGGAAAAAAGCCGCCUGUCGCGGCUCCGGUCCGAGCCACUCGCACGCAGUUGGCCUCGUCGGAUCAGCCCGAGGCGGGCCAGCACCACGCUCUGACCUGGCAGCAAAAAGGGCUGCUACAGCCUCUCAAGAGCCGUUAUCAUCUGCAAUCCAAGGGCGCGUCACCGAAAAACGAAGCCUGUCUCACCUGGCAGCAGCGAGAGAUGCUGCAAAGGCAGGCGGAUCAGCCGGCGUCGCUGGAGCCCAUCGUAGUCUCGAUCGAUACAAUCGACCAGCUUCGACCCACCUCGCCGCUGCCAUCGCUUGCUCAUGUGCCUCCACCGCUGCGCUUCGACAUGACGGAAGAGGGGCCGCAGGUUUCUCUGCACAGUAAGGGUGAUCGCCGGCGGCUUGAUUGCCGCGCCGGCUGCCUGCCGAACUCGCCGCAGAAGCUGGUCAAAAGUACCAUGCCGGACGGUCCACCACCCUGCGACAACGUCUCGGACCUACCCACUUGGUACGAUCCGUUCAAGGACGGACCGCUCUGCGUCGUCUCUGGCGCCGAAGUCAAGUCGACCGAGCGAUCGACCGCAUCGACCGCAUCGACCGCAUCGACCCUCUCUCCCCCGCUCUCCCUGCACGCUUUCGGCGGUGCCGAAGCAUGGUGUGCCCGCCGAGACGCCCCUGACUCGCCAGCCCUCAGCUCGACACCGUCCACGCCCGCUCUCGACUCGAGCUCCUCGCAAUCCAGCAUCUACAGUCCCAGCAUCAGCAGCUCCGCCACCUCCAGCCCAGAUUCGCUGCACGCUUUCGUCCGCACUCCUUUCCCAGCCUACCACCUCGACGCGGCAUCGGCCGCCGCAGAGUACCGCAACGCCACUGCCGAAAUCGCAACAAACGAGUCGGGACCCGACGCCUAUGCCGGUCCCCUCUUUUGCUCCAACGCCCCACUCCCUCAGACGCUGCCUGUCCCCGCAUUCUCGAAAAGGCCUCGUUGGACCAGCCCUUUACCCGCUGGCGACCGUCUAUAG